AUGGAGGUGGAGAACAAGUACUUCACGCUGAAGCAGUACGUGGAUGGGUUCCCGUCGGAGUCCGAUUUCGAGCUCAGAAGCGGUCCGCUGCUGCUGGCGCCGCAGGAAGGCUCGAAGAAAGUAAUCGUGAAGAAUCUCUUCGUGUCCGUCGAUCCCUACCAGAUCAACCGCAUGAAGAAGCGCAGCCCCUCUCACAAAUCUGCAAACUUCGCUCAACGAAUCGACCUAGGAAAGAGGAUCGACGCGAUGGGUGUGGGGAGGGUUGUGGCAGCCUGCGGGUACGCGGAGGAGGAGUUGCUGGGAUGGGAAGACUACACCGUCGCCGGGCCCGGGAGCAUGCUGACAAAGAUUCCCACCUCCCAGUUCCCGCUCUCUUACCAUGUCUCAGUUUUAGGGAGUAGCGGGCUUACGGCAUACGCCGGUUUCUAUCAGAUAUGCAAACCGAGAAGGGGGGAGACGGUUUUCGUCUCCGCAGCGUGCGGAUCCGUCGGACAUCUCGUCGGCCAGUUCGCCAAGCUCUCUGGUUGUUAUGUCGUAGGAUGCGCAGGGAGCAAGAAAAAGGUGGACCUGCUUAAGGGCGAGCUGGGAUUCGACGACGCUUUCAACUACAAAGAAGAGCGUGAUAUCAACUCUGCACUCAAGAGGUGCUUUCCGAGCGGGAUAGACAUAUACUUUGACAAUGUGGGCGGCGAGAUGUUAGAAGCAGCCGUCGCCAACAUGAACGCCUUCGGAAGAGUUGCCGUCUGCGGGGCGAUCUCAGAGUACACAAGCUCCGAAAGACGAGCAGCGCCUGACAUGCUGGAUGUGAUCUACAAGAGGAUUACUGUCCAAGGGUUCCUAGCCUAUGAUCACAUUGCUGUGCACGAUGAAUUUAUCUCCGUUACUUCUGAUUACCUCCGGCACGGCAGAAUGCAGAGUAUCGAAGACAUCUCCCAUGGCCUCGAGAGCAUUCCAUCUGCCUUCAUAGCGCUCUUUCGAGGUGACAAUGUGGGAAAGAAGCUGGUUCAACUCUAAACCAAAUCGAUAAUGCACUUGAAGAUAUCAUUAUUUACUAAACCAACAGAUCAGUAUCUGUUUGUAGCCUCCAGUCUGAUUUCCGCACUAUGUUACUUUGCUUCACCUCAGAUAUCCUGAGCAUAAUCAUAAAGAGAUUUCUUUUGAAAUUUGAUA